AUGUACGGCGACCCCGAAUUCUUCAUCCUCAAACCCACCACCUGGCUCGACGUCGACAAAUGGGAGACCAAAAUCCUCGGCUCCUUCGUCAAAGAAUACCCCAGUCCGACAAACGGCUACGUCUGGGAAAGCGGGCAUCCAUCCACGGAAGAAUAUGUCAAGCCCAAGUCGCUCUUCGAGACACACAAUACCGCUGACACGCUGGAUGGCGAAUUCAACGAUUUCGUCCUCGACGCCAACUCGAGCUCGAAAAAGGGCGCGAGUGCGACGCUGAAAUCUGUGUUGAACGUCUCGUUUAAUGGCGAGACGGAGCAGGUGUCGCAUCUUGAGGGGAAAUUCCUCAGAUAUAAGCGGCUUACGCAGCUUCAGGAGUACUUUGAUAAGGCGAAGAAAGAUCCGAAUGUCGUGGCACGGGUGCCGAACUGGAUUAAAUCAGGGCUGAAAAUUGAUGUGUGUGUGGUCACGGGGAUGAUGAUAUGCGAAGAUGUGGAGGUGGUGUGGGAGGAGAGUAAAGUGGUGGAGUUGGAAGCUAAAGGGGAGAUUCCUGUUGCUGCGAUUGCGAGGGCGGCUGCUGGGUUGCCUUCUGUGGAUCCAACGGGUGAUGCUGGGAAUGCUGCGCUGGAAGCUAGUUCGAAGAAGUCGGUUGGUAAGGCGUUCCGGGCGAAGAGUGGACAGAAGAAGAUUUUUGCGCUGCAGUUGAGGACUGUGACGAAGGGGAAGAUGUUGAAUUUGAUUAAGAGGAAUGAACUUAGGCUGGGUAAUGAUGGGCCGAGUGCAGAACAGGGACGGAAAUUUGGUGUGGACGAGGAAAGCAUGGGUGAUUCGCUGGAUGAUAAUGAAUUGUUUAUGGAUUUGACGGACUUGGACGCUGAAGAGAAGAAGGAUGAUUGA